AUUCCUCGGGGAGAGAGGGCUGAGUUUUGUGCGCCUCCGUCCGCUGCGCGCGCCGCUCCAGGCCCCGCCGCGCCCCGCCUGCGCCCGGGACUGCGCCGCAGCACUCACUGCCCCGUUUAUUUGUCUUUGGAGCAGGCGGGCCGCGCCAGAAGCGGGCGAUCCCGCAGUGUCCUGCAGCCGCGGACGCCGCCUGGCUAGGAUGACACCACGUUGAGCGCGCCCGCAAACAACAACAACAACAAGCGCCGCCGCGGCCACCGCGUCCUGCUCCUUCGAAGCGCCGCCGCCGCCGCCGGUGGAGCCGCCUCCGCGCCCCUGGCCGUCCGGAGCGCCCGGCCGCUGGUGGAUGUCGCGCCUGCCCGGGACGGGCUGAAGCCGGCGGCGGGGCCGGACCGCAGGCGCCGAGCAAGGCGAGGGCGGCCAGGGCAGCCGCCUGCCGCCGAGCCCCGAGCGCCGCUGCUCGAGGAAACGCUUUCGGCCGGGAGCUGCGGCCGCCGCCAGCAGUUUUCAUGUUUGGGAUUCAGGAGAAUAUUCCGCGCGGGGGGACGACCAUGAAGGAGGAGCCGCUGGGCAGCGGCAUGAACCCGGUGCGCUCGUGGAUGCACACGGCGGGCGUGGUGGACGCCAACACGGCCGCCCAGAGCGGCGUGGGGCUGGCGCGGGCGCACUUCGAGAAGCAGCCGCCUUCCAACCUCCGGAAAUCCAAUUUCUUCCACUUCGUGCUGGCGCUCUACGACAGGCAGGGGCAGCCGGUGGAGAUUGAAAGGACCGCUUUUGUGGACUUUGUGGAGAAAGAGAAAGAGCCAAACAACGAGAAAACCAACAAUGGCAUCCACUAUAAACUCCAGUUAUUGUACAGCAACGGAGUCAGAACAGAGCAAGAUCUGUAUGUUCGCCUCAUAGAUUCAAUGACCAAACAGGCCAUCGUCUACGAGGGCCAGGACAAGAACCCGGAGAUGUGCCGUGUGCUGCUGACCCACGAGAUCAUGUGCAGCCGGUGCUGUGACAAGAAAAGUUGUGGCAAUAGAAACGAAACGCCCUCAGACCCUGUAAUCAUUGACAGAUUCUUUCUAAAGUUUUUCCUCAAGUGCAAUCAGAACUGUUUGAAGAAUGCAGGCAACCCUCGAGAUAUGCGGAGAUUCCAGGUUGUUGUAUCGACAACAGUCAACGUGGACGGCCACGUGCUGGCCGUGUCAGACAACAUGUUUGUGCACAACAAUUCCAAACACGGGAGGCGGGCCCGCCGCCUAGACCCGUCAGAAGCCACUCCGUGCAUCAAGGCCAUCAGUCCCAGUGAAGGCUGGACCACGGGGGGUGCCACCGUCAUCAUAAUUGGCGACAACUUCUUUGACGGGCUGCAAGUUGUGUUCGGAACUAUGUUGGUGUGGAGCGAGCUGAUAACUCCCCAUGCCAUCCGAGUCCAGACCCCGCCGAGGCACAUUCCUGGCGUCGUCGAAGUGACCCUCUCCUACAAAUCCAAGCAGUUCUGCAAAGGUGCUCCUGGGCGCUUUGUCUACACCGCUCUUAAUGAACCAACCAUAGAUUACGGCUUUCAGAGGUUGCAGAAAGUGAUCCCAAGACAUCCGGGUGAUCCUGAAAGGUUACCCAAGGAGGUGUUACUGAAGCGGGCGGCAGACCUUGUGGAAGCCUUAUAUGGAAUGCCUCACAACAACCAGGAGAUCAUCUUGAAGCGAGCGGCGGACAUCGCCGAGGCGCUGUACAGCGUUCCCCGCAAUCACAACCAGAUCCCCACCCUGGGCAACACCCCUGCACACACGGGCAUGAUGGGCGUCAACUCCUUCAGCAGCCAGCUAGCCGUCAACGUGUCGGAGACGUCACAAGCCAAUGACCAAGUCGGCUACAGUCGCAAUACAAGCAGCGUGUCCCCGCGAGGCUACGUCCCCAGCAGUACUCCCCAGCAGUCCAAUUACAACACAGUCAGCACUAGCAUGAAUGGAUAUGGAAGUGGCGCCAUGGCCAAUCUAGGGGUCCCUGGCUCGCCUGGAUUUCUUAAUGGCUCCUCCGCUAACUCUCCCUACGGCAUGAAACAGAAGAGCGCCUUCGCGCCCGUGGUCCGGCCCCAAGCCUCUCCUCCUCCUUCCUGCACCAGCGCCAACGGGAACGGACUGCAAGCUAUGUCUGGGCUGGUAGUCCCGCCAAUGUGAGGGACUUCUGUUUACCUUCCGCAGCACCCAGCAUCAAAGGACGGACUUCAGGGGACACGUUUAGUAUAUUAAGACAUGCUGAUGGAAACAGUAUCUUCAAAAAAAUCAGCAGCAAUUGAAAUGCUACAAAAGACUUUGUUUAAAGAUUUUAUUUAAACUAAACUAUUAAGAAUCAACAUGCAAACAGCCUACUUCUUCAUGAACAAUUCCAUUUUAUUAACUGAACUUUUCUCAUAUUUUCACAUUUCUCAGUCCUGAAGAAUAAGGAAAACAAAGCGACGCCUAUUUUGUAUAAAGUUUCUGACUCCGUCUUGGCCAUGUCUAGUAAUUGCUAUGUGUUGGGAGAAACUUUGUGAAUGCACCAUUUUGAUGAUCAUGAAACACUGAUGAAAAAUGCCUCCAAACAUUUUUCUGUACUCAUACUUAGAUUCACAAUGGUUGUGUAUCUCUAUAAUGUGAAAUAUUUUUUUGUGGUGAUAAAAAGGGGGCCAAGGAGGUAUGAGCCAUCAGACUGGAAAAAAGGAUGACUAUAUGAUGAGGAGAAACUGGGGUGGCAGGGAGGGAGGGAGGGUUUAUCAUUGCUUAACUUCAUCUUAAUGAAAUGAAACUUUGUAACUUAUUGUAGUUAGAAAUUGUAACUUUGAUAUUGAAUUCUCUUGCCUUCAACAAGCACACUGACAGAGAAAAAAUGCUACUGUCUGUUGGUUCCAAUAUUCUCCCACUGCUAGAGCUUCCUGUUAAGCAAGUGUGAUCUGCAACAUUUUUUCAACUUUUGCUAGCACUGUAUACUAUUGCAUUCUUAGGCUACUGUGAGGUCUAUGUUUCUUGUACCAGAAAUUGUCCUUUUGACUUCUAGCUCCUUCUUCCCUAAUGUGUUUUGUAUGUGGUUAUAAAAUUGUAGACUUUUGUGAUUUUGCCAAAGUUGUAGCUAAAUAUUUAUACACUUGUCUUGAAUUUUUUUCAGAUCCACUUAAAAUAUUUAGAAAAACAAGUUUUAUUCCUUAUGUGUCUUAUAAGGAAUAAAAUGGUCUUCAUUUGAUACUUACUUUCCCACGAACACUUGCAGUUGCUAAGGGACUUUAUUUUGUAACAUAUCAAUUAUAAAUAUUGUAUUUAUCUUUGAAAUUUUGUACAUUGCUUUUCCUGCCUUUUCCUUUUUCUUCUUUCUCGUCUGUAUUGGUUUUUGAUCAUGGCCUGGUGUUGUGAUACUGGGAAGAGCAUUAGCCAAGAACUUGUCUCUGAUCUGUUUCUUUAAGCUGAACCAGUGUCUUUACAUUUCAUUUGUACUUCAAAAAUAUGCUAUUGUUUAGACUUUCCAUCCUUUUUUUUUAUUUUGAGGAAAAGUCAAAUUCAUUGUUUAUUUUUAUAUUAUUUUUAAGUUAUCUGAACAAAUACUUUUGAAACAAAAGUUUGUUGUAUAGUCAAAACAAAUCGGUGCCACCCGGCCGUGACAAAUCCUAGUAGAUCCUGUGCAUGUGGAGCGGCCGCGAAGAGGCGACACCAUCUGGGGCUGUGUCCUUAUUUUAUUUUAUUUUUUUGUAGAAUGUAAAAAGUCAUUUUAGAUGCCACCCAUGACUUUGCCACAUAGCUGAACUGUGUUUACUGGAAAAAUUCAGAGGCCUAAAGUUUAAAAUAAAAUUUACUUCUGAUGUUUUAAUUAAAAUGUUUGCCACAUUAACUUCUCUGAUGCCUUAAAAGUGGACUCUUCUUUAAAGAACCUUUGUGCUAUUUUAUCACAGGCUUACACUACAAUUGUUAAUAAAUACUUCAUUUGGAGAUGUAUGGUGUACAACACACAAACACACACAAAGAAGCACAAGCCUGCUGCAUGACCCGUCUCUCCUUUCUGGGACUAUUUCUGCUGCGUCCUGCACCCUCCUGGGCCCACCUCCGAUUCACAGAGGUUUCAGGGGGACCCAAAUUACUGCUGGUUUUCAAUUUUUUUUUUAAACAAUACAUUUUUGUGAUCAGUUCCAACAGCACUGUCCGUACUUUUAAAACUGGAAUGACCUCCUUCAGAUAUCGUGCCUCUUAGUGCCAAACCCACAGUGAGACCAAAAGUGUCAGGUGUUUUUUUUUUCUUUCUCCUUUGCACUAAAUGCUUUGCAAACAAAGCACAGCAAACAUUUUGCAAACUGCAGCAGAAAUCGAAUUUAAAACAAAAAGGAGGGACUUUAAAAUACCUUCUUGACAAAAAUCAACAAUGCACAACUUAGAAAGUGUUCAUUCUAGGGACAAAAUUAAAUAAUGUCCCCAGGAGUCAGCAGGUCACAGUCUGGCUUUGUGAUGGUUGACAAGACCUAGCUACAUGGGAAAGCCGGAGAAGUCACUUUGGAACUAAAUUGCCUCCGUUUUAUUUUGUACGAGUAAGGGUUUGAUCUACAAAAGAGCUCACAUGGACGCACUGAGAACGCCUGCCAGCUUCCCCAUGCCCUCACUUGCUUUGUGUUUUAGGUUAAGUAGUCAAUGCCCACAUCACUUCACUCUCUCAAGACUGAGCACUUCACUAAAUAGUAGAUUUUACUGUUAAAGACCCUACAAUAAGAUUGUUUUAUCUGUACAUUUUUUCAGAUAUUUAACUGUAUAAAAAUGUUCAUUUUACACAAUAUUUAAUUAAAGUAUUUCUUGUCUGUGAAUUUCACUUUUGGUAAUUUUCUCUGUUUUGAUUAUUAAAAUGACAACACUAA